UGGCACUUCGCCCCGAGCUUUCCUCGAGCGCAUCCUCUCUCGCGCGUAGUUUGUGUCAGUGUCGCCGCGACGGCAGCAACAGCCGCACUGUGGACCGUGUACUCGUCCCGGCAGGGGUGUCUCUCGCGUGCCACCGAACGACCGGUCGUCUCGGGGGUUGAUCGUCCGCGGCCAGUGUCAACCACUGAUUCCAUCGAAUCCAUCGAUCGCUUUCCUCCACCUUCGACGAAGCGUCGCCGGGACGGUGAGCAGAGCAACCAUUGUUCGACGGUGAGCCGCGGCCCCGAAGGGUUGCUCCUGCGCGUCAGCCCUGAUCAGUGGUCGAUCGACGAUCUCCCGCGAAUCCAUCGCGAACAUAAAUUUCUCCGAAAAGUGCCGAACGAUAAUUGCAGCUCACGAACAGCAGUUCACGGACGGUGUAUUAAACCAGAAGGAUAAUCGAGGGGUGGUUCACCCUGCUCAGUGACAAGCACCCGGUCACCCGAAUUCGAUCGCGACAGUGUCGUCGAAACGAUAGCAACUGCGGACAGUGUACCGUAUAAUUCGAAAAGGAUCGUGGCGAAGGAUAAUCGAUCGGGGGUUGUUCGACCCCGUCGCGGCGCGAAGCGUCGAGCCGGCCGGCCGAAUUUUCUUGGGAAAGUGGAAUUUUCUCGCCUUUGGUGGAUCGAUUAGAGAGUAUCAGUGAGAGUGUCAGUGAGAAGGGGGUGGUUCCGGCGGGUGCGGUGACCAGUUUGUAAGGACACGCGAGACCGACACGGAGGAUUUUCGAGGAGUUUUUCGCGAGCCGGUGAACACGAGCGGAGGAUUUCUUUUUUCUCCAUCGGGGUUCCUCGGGAUCGCGGUUCACGGACGAUGGCCGCGGCGAGACAACAGCGCCGGAGGAUUUAUAACGGCCGGCGGCUCGCCUGAAAUAACAGCAGGAAUGCACGGACGCUGAAUCAGCUUCCUCCGAGUGCGAGUUUCCUGACAGCCGCCACGCGCGAUCCUCCUGGAUCCGCCGCCGCCGACGCAGCCGACAGUCGAUCUCCUUUUUUCACGCGCCCAGCUCGCGAUCCCCGCGGAUCUAUCCCGCUACCGCGCGCGCGCCCGCCCCGCUCCCCUUUCUUUCUUCCUUUUUUUCUCCUUCGACGAGCAUUGAGAAAAGCCAGAGACGCCAGACGGCCGGGGGGAGAGAGCCGCGGCGCGGCUUGUCCGCCAGCAAGGAGGAGGAGAGCUUUUCUGGGAAAGGAGAUCGCGGACCGAAAGUCACAAAUGCCGCGUCACUAGCCAGACCCGCUACCUGUCGUCGAAGAAAUCAGGAUGGCGAUCGUAAAGUAUCUCAUGAUCGGGAUACUCCUGAUCCUGCAGAUCGAUCGGUCUACGCAGGGACAGCUGGUUCGAUUAGAUCUCGAGCAUCCUGAGAUGGUGGUGGUGUCGCUCGGCGAGAAGCUGAUCCUGCGAUGUUCGAUGAGCGGGGAAACGACCUGGUACAAGGAUAACAAAAUAUUCCGGCCACCGUCGCCGAGGGUACGGCUGAUGAAGCAGUCCUUGAAAUUCAAGAAUAUCGAACCCGAAGACGCGAGCUCGUACGCUUGCCUGGUCGAAUCGAACGCGACGGCCGAAUGGCGGAACGUGACGAUACGAAUCGAGCAGUUGCAGAACGACGGCUACCAGCGCGACGUCGACAAACUGGGCACCAUCAUGGGAGCCCGUCGAGCCGAGAAGGAAACGAACGAGCUGGAAAACGAAGCGAGAAAUCUUCCAGAGACCAGGUCGUUGCACUUGGAAAGCGACAACGUGGACAGCGACCUUGAGAACGAAACCGCAGGCGAGCGCAAUAACACCGUCCCGGAACGCGCACCGUCGUUCAACAAGAACGUGGAGAUGCCGAACAUGGUGGUGAAACCAGCCGGCAACAUGGUUCGCCUGAGGUGUCCCAGUUUCGGCAACCCUAGACCCAACAUCACCUGGUACAAGAACAACGAGAUACCGAAGCGAACCUUGGGCACCGUUGUCAUCACCAAGUGGACCUUUAGGCUAGAGGACCUGGUCCCUGAGGACAGCGGGAAUUACACCUGCGUGGUUUGCAACAUCCUCGGCUGCAUCAAUCGGACUUCGAAGGUCGACAUUGUCGAGAGCGUGAAACACCGGCCGAUACUGACGACGGCGCCGAGAAACACGACCGUCCAGAUCGGCAACAACACGACGAUGGUCUGCAAGGUCCUCUCCGACGCGCACCGUCACCUAGAAUGGUAUCACGGUUAUCACACUUCUUUCGACACUGUGAACAAAACCAAUCAAAGUAUCCGGGUGGAGGUCAAGGACCUACACUAUGCGGAGAACCCGGAGGUGCUGAAGCUGUACAACGUGACCGAGAAAGACGAAGGCUGGUACACCUGCAUCGCUCAGAACACGCUGGGCGAGACCUUCAGCAGCGCCUAUCUCAGGGUAGUCGAAUCUCUCGAAGAUCACCGGGAGCCAAUCCCGGCGAAGCCGCAGAUCCUCGUGAACAUCCUGGCAGCGGUGCUGUUCAUCUUCUUCGCGGUGGGCGUCGUGGUGGUGAUCUACAUCUUCCAUCGCUUGAAGCGCGAGAAGAUGAAGAAACUGCUGGCGAUCGAAACAGCCAGAGCCGCGGUGGUCACCCAAUGGACAAAGAAAGUGAUCGUGGAGAAGCAGAACCUGGUGAACGCGCAGAACGUUCAGGAGCCGUUGCUGAUGCCGGUGGUGAAGAUCGAGAAGCAGAAGUCGACGGUCGCCGCCGAGGACAGCAACGGAGGCAGCAUAUCCGAGUACGAGCUUCCUGUUGACAGCGCGUGGGAGUUGCCCAGGGAGCAUUUGGCUUUGGGCAACACUCUUGGCGAGGGAGCCUUUGGCAAAGUGAUCAGAGCGCAGACCAACACCGGCAAGCCUGGAAUACCGAACGUGGUGGCUGUUAAGAUGUUGAAAGAGGGCCACACGGACGCGGAGAUGAUGGACCUGGUCUCCGAGAUGGAGAUGAUGAAGAUGAUCGGGAAGCACGUGAACAUAAUCAAUCUAUUGGGCGCGUGCACGCAGGGUGGUCCGCUGUACGUGGUGGUGGAGUUCGCUCCUCACGGGAACCUGCGCGAUUUCCUCCGGGACCAUAGACCUUCCUCGGGGUACGAGCCAACGAUAGGCCAAGACGCCAAAGAGAAGAAGACCCUCACGCAAAAGGACCUGGUCUCUUUCGCGUACCAAGUGGCCAGGGGCAUGGAGUACCUGGCGAGCCGUAGGUGCAUUCACAGAGACCUGGCCGCCAGGAACGUCCUCGUCAGCGACGAGUACGUGCUGAAGAUCGCUGACUUCGGUCUUGCCAGAGACAUCCACUGCCACGACUACUACAGGAAGACCACGGACGGCCGGUUGCCGGUGAAAUGGAUGGCGCCGGAGGCUCUGUUCCAUCGGGUCUACACCACUCAGUCCGACGUAUGGUCGUACGGAAUUCUGUUGUGGGAGAUCAUGACGCUGGGUGGCACCCCCUAUCCGUCCGUACCCUCGGUGGAGAAGCUGUUCCACUUGCUGAGAACCGGUCAUCGAAUGGAGAAACCACCUUGCUGCUCCAUCGAAAUAUACAUGCUGAUGAGAGACUGCUGGAGCUAUCAGCCGAACGAGCGACCUAUGUUCGGGGAACUGGUCGAAGAUCUUGAUAGGAUACUAACGAUAACUGCGAACGAGGAAUACCUGGACCUCGGACUACCUCAGCUGGACACCCCGCCGUCCAGCCAAGAGUCCAGCGAAGCCGAGGACGACGACGGUGAAGAAACAUUCCCGUAUCUGCUCUGAGCUUAGCGCACCCGGUCUUACGGGCUUCACCGAGGAAAAACCAUCCAUGAGGAUCGACGAACGAAAACGACGACGAAAAGGACGUUUGGGAAAGGAUCGAGGAAACCGCUGGAUCGACCAGCGAACACGCCAAAUAAUCGAAAUCAGUAUUGACCUGUUAGCGCGUAUUUUUCGUAGAGUUUAAGGGAAGAACACAAUUGUCAAUUGAGAAGCAACUCCGGCCUUUCGAGGAGACUGAUUUUUCUUAACGAAGAACACUGUAUUUAUUAUCCCUGUAUCGUUGCACCCUGGGAAGUUAGGCUCCCGACGAUGCAAGACCGUCGCCAUCGGGACGGUCCCAGUAUUGGAACGCAGUCGUUCCCAGAUAUUUUUCUACGAUUCUCAGGUUUCAAGGUUCGUCCGGGCAAGAACGAACCCCACGAAAGACUUCGACGCGCUCCCUAAACUGCGUCCGAAGCGACCAGGCGGAUAGAAUAGCUUGUCGAACGCGGACCACCGGUGUGACCGUCGUCCGAGGAUCUCGCAGAUUCCAGACACCGCCGGGGUCGUCUGUCUAGACCAAGUACGAGCACUCUUUGCCCUGGAACCGUCCUAGAUUGUCCCGCAGGGCAACGGCUUCGAGACGCAACUGACGCCGGAGACAGAAGAUGAACUGCCUUGCUCCUUCUAAGUGCCUCGAGGGGACACGAUCUUGUCGCUCCCGUUUGAUAUGGAGCCAGAACAGCGCGCCCCGCAGGGCGAUCAUGUUCUAAGCGCGAACGGGGUGGCGGAUGAAUUAUUAGAGCGCGUGAAACGUCGUCCAAUUUCUACAUGUUAUACCGUGCCAUUGAUAAGUGCCUUGGAAUGAUGGCGGAAGUUUGAAGUUCGGCCAGGGCUCGUUUUGUAAAAAGAUAAAAAGAAAAAGAACUGAAAAAAAACCGGAAGGAGGACGCGAUAUAUACAGCCGGAGGACUUCGAAUUCUUCGGGACAACACGUGUUUCGAGGCGAAAGAACAAAACGUGUUUUGUAAACUAGUCAAAUCGAUGAAACAUGGAACGUUUCUCUGUAAGAUAGCGACCUUUUUAGGUGGACAACGACCGCGAGUUUCGAGCGCAGCGAACCGCGUAUGUUUCGUUUUCAUAGGUUUUAUCUAUCGUCUUCAUCUGUUUUCUUUUGUAGAAAAAGUGUUAGACCGUAAGGACGAGAGAAGGGAGGAAAGGAAAAAAAAAACUUUGGUGCGCGUUGGCGUGUCGGCGAGCCGACGUGUUGAUGGUUAUACAUAUACAUAUUUCUCUUGUUGGAUCGGCUCGUCGACGUUCCAACGCGGGCGAUGUAUAGCUCUUCGAGGGGAGGUGACGUUGACGAGAUCAUUAAUUGUAUAAUUUUUUUUUCUACGAGAACAUUUUGCACGCGAACGAAAAUCGGUUAAUCAUCGUCCACGCCUGCCGCCGCACGCGACGGUUGUAUAAAUGGUGCAUGCGUGACUAGGUGCUUAGUAGUAGAUAAUUUAUUUCCUUGUAUAUUGUUACUUAGGACACUAGAAGGCCUUCUCUGUUUCUUUUAUAUCCGGCGAAUCCCGAGUCGGUCUUUUGUAAAAUAUCACGCGCCGAGUUCUCUUAACCCUUUGUACAUAUAGCACCGACUUGUUUAUUUAAAAGCUACUUUUUGUUACCCAGCGCACCUAAUGGUAGCCAGUAAACCAGCAUUUACCAAGGUAGACAUGUAUGUAUAGUUUCUGCGUAAAUAUUGGAUUAUUAUUGUAAUGUGAGUUUCAUCUCGAAUAAAAAACGAUUCGAACUGUA